GUCAUGAACGAUGGUAUCUACAUGUAGAGAGCUUGGUAGUCUUUCGGAUAUUUGUCUGCAUUAGUGAAUGAAGUGCGUUUAUUUCUCUGGAAUAAUAUCUACAAAACAGAAUGAGUCUCCGACACCACAGAGAGGGGGAAUGGAUGUUGUUCGCCAUUACUCUUUGUUUAUCCGGCUACUGUGUUGCUCAGAUUUCCUACUCCGUUUCUGAGGAGGUGGACAAAGGCACGGUAGUGGGGAAUAUCGCGAAGGAUUUGAACAUUAAUACACAACAACUGGAGGAACGAGGAUUUCGGAUUGUAUCGGGAUACAGUAAGGCAUAUUUUGAGGCUAAUUUACGGACAGGAGCUUUGUUCGUUGCCGAAAGAAUAGACCGAGAAGAGCUUUGUCCUAAUUUACCAAAGUGUUCUUUAAAUAUAGAGGGACUGUUAAACCAUCCCAUGAAUAUUUAUCGCAUUGAAGUCAGCAUUGUGGACGUCAACGAUAACGCUCCGACAUUCCUUGAACAAAUCCAUGUGUUUAAUAUCUCCGAAUCGUCUUCAACGGGAGAGAGGUAUCCGCUCCCGGCAGCUCAGGAUGCAGACACUGGCAGCAAUUCAGUGAAAUCCUACAAAUUAAGUCCAAACGAGCAUUUCUCCACAGAUGUCAGUAGCGGAGGAGACCAUUUGUCUGCUGAGUUAGUGCUGCAAAAAGCUUUAGAUCGAGAGAAACAAUCCGUUAUUAAACUAACAUUGACAGCCGUUGAUGGGGGAAAGCCUGUGAGAUCUGGCACCAUGCAGAUUUUUGUGAAUGUCAUAGACGUUAACGAUAACACGCCUUCAUUUAGUAAGCCGCUUCAUAAAGUAAUCGUCAGUGAAAGUGUGCCUAUAGGUACAACAAUACUCAAAUUAAAUGCAACAGACUUGGACGAGGGUUCAAACUCAGACGUCAGGUAUUCUUUACUGAAAAGAGGAAAUGUAGAUUCCCCUGAAAAGUUCAUUGUUAUUCCUGAGAGCGGUGAAAUCAUUGUGAAGGGUAAUCUGGAUUACGAGGAAAACACUGCAUAUGAAUUACGAGUGCGCGCUAGCGACCAAGGCGCUUCCCCUCGUAGCGGUUAUUCUAAAGUGCUGUUAGAGAUUGUUGAUGUCAAUGACAAUGCACCACAGAUUUCAGUAACUUCACUUAUGAGCCCAGUAAAGGAAAAUGCUGAAAUUGGAACAGUAGUUGCACUUGUGACUGUAACGGAUAAAGACGGGGGGCAAAAUGGCCUCACCACUUGUAAAUUGAAAGAUUCCAUCCCAUUUAAAUUAAAGUCAAAUUACAAAAACUAUUACUCAAUAGUAGUUAACGGUCAGCUUGACAGGGAGACUUUAUCACAAUACAGUGUAACUAUAAUCGCUACCGAUGAAGGCAGUCCGCCUCUUUCAAGCAGUGCUGUAAUCACUGUGCACAUUUCUGAUGUUAAUGAUAAUGCACCGAGUUUUCCAGAUGGCUAUAUUAAUAUUUACGUGAAAGAGAACAGUAAAGUGGGAGACAUAAUCACAAAAGUGACAGCAUGUGACGCUGACACAAAUGAAAAUGCUAAAUUAACGUAUUCGUUAAGAGAGAACUAUCCGAAUCAAUUUUCGAUUUCAACUGUUUUAAACAUAAACUCAGAGACUGGAGACAUAAUCAGCCUGCAGUCUUUUAAUUAUGAGGAGCUGAAAAUGUUCCACUUUAAAGUUCAGGCCACAGACUCUGGUGUUCCUCCACUCAGCAGCAACGUCACUGUCAACGUUUUAAUCCUGGAUGAAAAUGACAACAGUCCCACGAUUCUCGCGCCAUAUUCUGAUAGCAACGUCACUGUCAACGUUUUAAUCCUGGAUGAAAAUGACAACAGACCCACGAUUCUCGCGCCAUAUUCUGAGCAUGGCUCCGUUAACAGCGAGAAUAUCCCCUAUUCUGCUGAAGCGGGAUACUUUGUAGCAAAGAUCAGGGCCGUAGACGCAGACUCUGGUUACAAUGCGCUGCUUUCUUAUCACCUGUCUGAGCCCAAAGGAAACAACCUGUUCAGGAUCGGAACCAGCACCGGGGAGAUCAGGACUAAGAGGAGAUUGAGUGACAAUGACCUCAAAACUCACCCCUUAGUGGUCUUGGUUUCUGAUAACGGAGAACCCUCCCUGUCAGCUACUGUGUCUAUUGAUGUGGUGGUGGUUGAAAGCACGGCUGAAAUCCAGACUCAGUUCAGACAUGUGCCUGUAAAGGAGGAAAGCUUCUCGGAUUUGAACCUGUAUCUGCUGAUCGCCAUUGUGUCGGUGUCCGUCAUCUUUCUGCUCAGCCUCAUCACUUUAAUAGCAGUCAGAUGCCACAGGACAGACGGCACUUUCAGCAGGUACAGCGCCCCCAUGAUCACCACCCACCCUGACGGGAGCUGGUCUUACUCUAAAGCUACUCAGCAGUAUGACGUGUGUUUCAGCUCAGACACGCUCAAGAGUGACGUGGUGGUUUUCCCCGCACCCUUUCCACCUGUAGAUGGAGAACUGAUCAGUAUUAACGGAGGAGACACGUUUACCAGGACUCAGACUUUACCUAACAAAGAGAAGACGUUGUGCACCAAGCUUUAUACGAGGUACAGCGCCCCCAUGAUCACCACCCACCCUGACGGGAGCUGGUCUUACUCUAAAGCUACUCAGCAGUAUGACGUGUGUUUCAGCUCAGACACGCUCAAGAGUGACGUAGUGGUUUUCCCCGCCCCGUUUCCACCUGUAGAUGGAGAACUGAUCAGUAUUAACGAAGGAGACACUUUUACAAGAACUCAGACAUUACCCAACAAAGAGAAGUAUGUGUAA